AUGAGAAGAACAUAAACUCAAAAUUAGUCACAAGAGGUCUACGAUUAGAUACAAAAUUUACAGAACUUAGGUGGCCUCAACUGCAAUUCACAAUCAUUUUAGCCACCAAGAGUGCAUGCUAGUAGAUACCAAAGCGAUCUCAUGAAAAGUAAUGACAAAGAAAAUAUUCAUCCUAGUGGAGUUUAUUCUGAUUAAAAAGGCAAAAGUUCACUUACUGACAAGAAAGAAGCAGGACUUCAGAGCCUGAUGAAUAGUACUAAUAGGACACCACUCAAGGAUAUCACUAACCAGUUUAAUGCUAAUUAGUAAUAAAGGGUUGCUAUUGAGAGGCAUAAUACUUCACUGGCCUGCUUAAUAAGAUGCACCUCUUGGGUUUUAGAUGUCCUCGAUAUCACCAAUGAGAGCUAGCCAAUCAAAAAGCUAACAAUGCACUGCUAUACCAAAGACCAAGGUGACUUGUUAGAUGAUCUAAUUCAACUUGAUUAAAAAGGGGGGAUUGCUGAUUCAGACUUGGACAAAUUGAUGACUCCUAGCAUUAGCCAGUAGCAGUAUCUUUCUACAGUUCAAACAGUGUUUCCUGUCAGGAAUAAGGCAAAAACGAUUAACACCCAUAUAAUCAACUUUGAGUUUGAGAAUGACCUUAAUAAAAGCAUCUAGGGCUAUUGUCAUGGAUAAUCUAUCUUUACAGAUGAACUUCAUUACAUCUUGAAGGGAAGCAAGAUUAUGAAAUGCUGUGUAGAGUAGAUGAACAUUUACCGAUAGAAGAUAUUGACUAUGCCAUUUACUCAUUAAAGUCAUUUUUUGAGAAAGGACUAGUUCAUGAUCAAAGCCUCAAACUUGCCCAAGUCUUUUGGCUAUAAACUGUCUGCUCCUAAUAUAGAGAACUAGCUGUAUUAUUCCAAUACAAAUUCAGCUCACCCUAGAUAAUUGAGCAACUAGCAUAAUAUGAGUUAGCUUUAAUAGUUUCAGAUUAACCAGGAACUCUUAGCAAAGUUAAACAUCCCAAUUCAACAGGUAAACCUUGGUUCUAGCAUCAACACUGCAGACAUUGUAAGAGGUCUCCAAGAAAAACUUUUAAAUGCAAACGUGAAGUAAGAAAAGUAUCAGACUAACUAUCAGAGGUUUCUCAGUCAAAUAGACAUUAAUUUCGCAAAGCACUUCAAGAAUAAGUAGUUGGACCAUGAAGAUUUUGAUUUAGCAGAUUUAACACUUCAAGAUUUAUUCGAUGCUUUUACUGAGGUAAGCGCUUUUGGACUGAAGGUGCUGUACCUCUACAAGGGUGCUUAGAUUAGAGUUGAUUAUGCUCUUACUCUCUCAAUUUAUUAGAUUCACAAGAGAUUUGAGUCAAAUCAAAACUAGGACUAAGUCUCAGAACUUUCACCUCAAAAUUUAAAUCAGAAAUUUGAGAGUCCUAGUAUUAUCUCUCCAUUCCAGAUUCCUCAGUUCUCUACUGCCUCAUCUGCUAAGAUGAAAGAUACAUUCUAUAGUUAUUAGGAAACUUAGCCCCCUCAUAUGAGAGAAUGCUUUGCAUCUUCAAUUGAAGUUAGACAUGAAAACAAGGAAAUUGACCUCUCUCUUAAGCUGAAGGAUCUUACUUGCGACUCAUUUUUUGCUGUUCACUAUCACCAGUUGAAGCAUUUAGUAAUAUCCAAUCCUGAAACUUCUAGCAAUACUGUCGAUCUGACAUAAGGUUUCAACCCUCAUGCUUCAUUUUUGGUAUAUUACAGAAUAAAUUCAAAGGGAAACUCCCAUUCAACAAUUAACAUAACUCCUGUUUAGAAUUAGAAGGAAUUGGCACAAAUACCUACAGUAAUUGGAAUAAUUUGCACCAAGGUAGAGGAGUAUAACUUUUGGGCUUCAUAUUAGGAUGAAAAUCUGGAUAAUCUCAAGACCUCAUAUAUUUUGAAGUACAAGAAGGUCGAAUUUGAUGAAAGAAAUAGGAUCGUGAGGAACCAGCAGAGAAUAGACGAGUUCCUAGAAGAAAUAGGACACUCUGAGAGCGAUCAUUUUGAUUUGAGUUUCAUCAAGAGUAAGUUUUUCAGCAGCAAUGGGAGGCUCUGGGACAGUAGAAGUAGCAACAGCUCUGUUUCUCACUGA